AUGUCUCCUUUAACAUCCCUUCGUGAUUAUGAAACAUUCUUUGAAAUUAAGCCAAAUCUUUAUCGUGCAACAUUUCCUUUAAAAUUACUGCUAGGUAUAUCCUAUCCUGUGGCAGUAUUUUUGAUUCACAUACCUUUUACCAAAGAUUGGAUUUUAAUUGACGCCGUAGAUCCAGAGAAUGUAUCGAAACUAGCCGAAGCACUUGAUUCACAUUUCAAAUCAUUUCCCGGUUACAAUUUAAAAUAUAUAGCAAUAACUCAUGGUCAUUUUGAUCAUACAGGAGCUUUACUCAGAUUAUUAGAUGAUCAUAAAGAUGCUAAAGUUGUUAUGGGAGAUGCCGAAGUUCCUUUCGUUGUUAAUGGAAAGAAAUACAAAGAACUUCAUGGAGAAACUUUAUUCUUUCGGAUAUUUUUAAAAUAUUUUGGUAGAGAAAGUGAUGUAGCUUUAGGAAGUGAAGAUAGAAUUGUUGCUAUUAAAAAAGGUAGCGAACAAGAAUUCGAAUUUUAUAAUACUUUGAAACCAAUUUUUACGGUUGGGCACACACCUGGAUCACUUUCAUAUUUACACGUCUCAACAAAUAGUGUAUUAGUUGGAGAUUUAAUUUCCAACAUUUCUUAUUUACCUGGCUUUUUUAAUGAGGGCAUCAGUAUAAUUCCAUCUGCUUCUAGUGUAUCGGAUAAUAAGGAAUCUAUAAAGAUAAUUUAUCAAAUGGAAAAUGAAAUUAAAGUAGUGUUUCCUGCUCAUGAUAUUAGUCCGGAUGGGAUUAAUAUAGAGGAUAUAAAGAAAUUUAGUCAAUCAAUUUAA